UUUCUCUUGACAACAAGCGAAGGAGAAGAGGCUUGGCUUUUUGUACUACUAGAUUGUUAUUAUUUUCAAUAAUAAUAAUUGUUUUGUUAUAAUCUUUGGCAGAAAGCUCUCAAGUGAACAAUUUUGUUAUCGGUAAAAUAAUACCAAUCAAAUAUGUCUUUCAAUAAUAGGAGAGGGGGUGGUAACUUCAACAAAGGGGGGGCAGCUCCAUUUCAAAGAAGAUCUGGUGGUCCCAAUAACUUCGCUCAGAAUGUUACUUAGAAAGAGGUCGAUGGUUAAAGUAAACUCGGUGAUGCUAAGCAGAGCCUGGGUAGUGCCUCCGUCCCAGAACUUCGGAAAUCAGCAAAAUGAGGGAUUUGGCCAAUUUAACCAGCAGCCGGCUACCAGACAGCAACCACCAAGAACGCCUUCCGCCCAACAGCAAUUGGCCAAGCAGCAGCAGAUGCUAGUGCAGAAAAAGCAGCAAUUGGCCCAACAACAGAAGGGCAUUCAGCAGAAGCAGCAGAUGGCCCAACAGAAGCAGUCGCAGCAGAAGCAACAAGAAAACCUUGAACUCAAGAAAAAGAAGGAGUUGGAGGAGCAGAAACAGAAAGAGCUAGAACUCCAGAAGCAGAAAGAACUGGAGCUGCAGAAGCAGAAAGAACUGGAACUCCAGAAGCAGAAGGAACUAGAACUGGAAAAGCAGAAAGCGUUGGAGUUGCAGAAGCAGAAAGAGCUCGAGCUGCAGAAACAGAAGGAGCUCGAGCUGCAGAAGCAGAAGGAGCUCGAGCUACAAAAGCAGAAGGAGCUUGAGUUGCAGAAGCAGCAAGAACUCGAAUUGCAAAAGCAGAAGGAACAAGAGGAGUUAGCAAAGAAAGAAUUAGAACAACAAAAACAGGUUCAGGAAGAAGAGGGCCAAAAAGAUAAUGAUGCUGAAACGAUGGAAGUUGAACAAAGCGAAGAAGGGCCUUGUCCGGAUGGUGCUCCUGAACCUCCAAUUUCUGGAGGAGAUACUGAGAACAGACCUGCAAGGCGACGCUUCCCUCAAAGAAACAGAAAACUUUCAAAGUACGAAAUACAGAGACGGAGGAAUCUCAGGUUGAGCAAACUGCUUCAACCGAAGAGUGCAAUGGUUAUAUUGAAUGAGGUGGGAAAAAGCGUCACCUACAAUGUGGAGAGAUCGCAAACUAGACCUGGGCCGAAAGGUUAUAUGUUCAAAGCUACUGUGGUGGUGGACGAUACAACACACGAGGGAUACGGACUGAGCAAAGCUAGUGCAAAGAAUGAGGCUGCUGAGAAGGCCUUGAAAUUCCUCGUGAAAAACAAAAAACUCAUUCAGACUACGGCAACAGAACCUACCACCAACCCUCCGGAGACCGAAGAAGCUAUGGAUACUACGGAAAAAGUGGAGAAACCCUUGGACAUCCCUCUGGCUUGGCAGCAGUUCGCUUCGUUCGCCAUAUAUAAACUUCUCGAUUCUUGGGGCGAAGAUCUGGAGGUGAUAAAGGAAGACGUUAAAGUAGACAAGAAGCCUGCCAAAAAGUUACCCCCCAACCCAGAACUGAUAAAUCCGCUGAUGCUGAUGAAUCAGAUGCUGCCCCGAGUGAACUUCCUCGAACUGCCAAAGACGUCGAAUGGCCCCUUUAACACGUUCAAUUUCCAGGCUGUAGUCGAUGGACAGACAUUCAACGGAAGUGGUGUUUCAAAGAAGGUUGCCAAGAGGGCGGUGGCAUUUGCAAUUUGUAAUGAAGUUUUAGGUAUUCAAUAUCCUCCUGAAGUGUACACGCCUCCUGUUAAAUCCGAAGCUCUCACACCUCAACCUGAAGUGGUGACAUGUUGAAGAUCGAUCUGAUUAUUGUGUUUCUCUGUGACGUGAAUUUAAUUUAAGAUUGGUUCUAGAAGAAUUUUUGUUGAGUGGAGGUAAUUGGAUCAAGUUGUCAUCGGAAUUUAUCCAGAAAAUUUUAUAUAUUAUACGAUUUAAUUUUAUUGAAUAUUCAGUUCACAAUUUUUUUUUCCACAUAGGCUAAUUGACGAAGAUCGUGAAUACUGAGUAAUUAGAUGAUUUGAUUGUGAGCUGUAACUCUUGUGCAAACAAUAAACUUCGAUUACAA